CUUUCGUUUUUGGUUUUUUUUUUUUUCGCUUCUCAGCGCGUGUAGAAUCCUUGUCAAAUUGCAAUAUAUUCUAUCUGCGGAGGAGGUUAUAAAUGUCACCUAUGCAAAGUAUUCCCAUUUGGACAGAAGAAAACAGAAGUCUUCACGACGCCAUUUGCCAAGCUCGGGUUUCUAAAGAAUCUGCAAACUCACUCAAGCAGCUCUUACAUUUGAACAAGGAUAAAUUUUUACAACUACUCGACAAUGAGCCUAGAAACUCGUCGCAUAGAGCCACAUUAAACUCUAAUAAAGCAUACAUCAACCGUUCUUUGCAUAAAGUUAACAAAGACUUUGUCGACAAAGCGUUAUUUUUAUCAGAUCAGCUCAAUGUCAACGAACAUAUUGCGGCGGCGUUAUUAAUGCGUGGUACUUCAGAAUAUUCUCGUAUCGACAGCAAUGAUGUCGAUACAGCCGUUCUUUUAUAUCAUGCAGAACGUGGAUAUAUUUUAGCUUGUCUCGACGUAAUUCUGAAAUCAGCAAAAGAUGCAUCGAUUAGUGAAGAAAUCAGAUCAACUUGUAGUCAAUUUGUUACAGAACUGAUAACAGAACAAGUCAAUAUUCAGUACGAUGGAAGGGAAAUAACAGGAACCUUCGUUUCAAAAAUCAUAUAUACGUUUACCAAAGUCAGUAUUGAUAUUGGUACGCUGAUUGAAACAGGCUCAAUUACUGAACAAGCACCAACAGCAGAUAGGGGAAAAUUAGGCGACCGAAUCUCAGAUGUACGAGUAGAACGCUUGAGUGAUGAGCGUAUCUAUUUGGUUCAAAUUUUAUAUCAUAUCGCAUCACUGUAUAAUCUCGACAGUAGUGACAAAUUAGGCAUGCUAAAGCUAUUAGAAAGUGCCGAAUUAAGUGAUCCAGCAACAUCUUACAUGAUAAUCGCCUUGGUUGCAGCUCUUUCCAGUGAUAAUCAGAACGAUGAUUUAGAUAUCAACUCACUCGAUUUGCAAUUUAUUGAUUUAUUUCAUCGACGCCUGAUGACACAUGGAUCAAAGGUUCCUGUUAUAAAAGCUGUCAUUGUUCUUCAAUGGGUUCUAUACCUUCUUGAUCCUCAACACACAACUAAGGUGAUCGGUAAUGAGGAUUCAAAGACUAUUUCAGAAAAAGUUAUACAGGAAUUAUUAGACUCUGUGAUUGAACUCGAUGUAUUUGGUUUCAUGAACGAAUAUUUGCUGUACUUUCAACAGCCUAACGCAGUAAUCGAUCCAGAGCGACCAACGGUCAAAUUUGAUAAUAGUGACACUAAUACAGUAUCAUCCGCGAAACCAGCAACAGAUAAAGCCGACUAUCAUAAUUUUAAUGCUGAUAUUAGUGUUGAUUUUCAACCGUUUGUCAUUUUUGAAUUGGAAAAGAUCAGUGUAUUAACCAUCACUUUGCUCUUCGAUACACUCAAAAAACUCAAAUAUAAAGAAGAAGAUACGAGGAUACCAGUUCAAGCACCGUUAGAAACCAGCAACGCAUUACUAAGUAAUGGUAAUUCCACUGAAUGCCAUGACCUUCAGCACUUUUUGGUAUUUUUGGCCAGUGUUUUCCGCAACCGAGUAAAUGAUGGACUUAUCUUUUGGAACGAUGAUCACAAUGGAUUGUUUUAUUUUACUCGCUGGCUCUUAGAUGUCAAAGUUUUUGGUACCGUUUCCGCGGUUUACGAUUUCUUCGGUUCAAUUGCCACUGGUGAUAUUUGCGCUAAAUACAUGUUUCAUUUCUUGAAAACUGAAGCUCAAUCAAAUGGAGCGAGCAACGUGCAAAAUGCUGAUAGUCUAUUUUCAUGGAGAAAACUGGACACAGCACUCAACUUUUAUGUAAGUGAACUCGAAAAAUUAUCUGAGAACGACAAACCAGAGCUACCCAAGAUGGAGGAAGAGAUGCUUCUCAAAUUUCUCAAUGUCUUGAAGCAAUGUGUACAGUACUCAAAAGAAGCACGUUAUACCUUCUGGUAUGAUGAAAGCAUGCGUAUACAAAAUACACUUAUCAACUUCAUCAACUGUCGAACAUCUACUCCAUUACGCGCUGCUGUCUUUGAUGUGCUGGCUGCCUUCUGCUCUCCAUGGGGCGGUGGUAUAGAAGGUAUUGGUAGAGACAUUUCGUAUCAAAUGUGGAAAGUGCUCGAAAAUAGUGAAAUGUUUGUGUCUAAACGCAGAACUGUACAAGAUAUAUCGCAGCCAGCUUAUCAAUCAGUGGGGCUUUUGCAAGAACUACAAGCUGAAAGGAAAAGUCAGGACUACACAGAAACCCUUUCUGUUGUUCGAUUAAUAGGGUCAGCCAUUCAUAUUCAAAGUAAACGGGAGGCUUUACUUUCUGGUUUCAACGACCCAAAGCCUUAUAUACCUCCUGACUUUGGCAAAGAGAGCCAGUCAAUUGGCAGUAACCCAUUCAUAUCCCUCAUUCUUGAUCAUAUAUUCAUCUCUUUGGAUGAGCAAAAAUAUGCGUUUGCUCUAACAAAGUGGGAAUUAACAGAAGCUUGCUUAAUGGUUCUGGAAAACAGCCUCAUUUCUUAUAACCUCGAACUUCUCAAUGACCCACAAUUCAGAGCAUUUCUAGAUCAGGAAUUCAAACAAGUUAUACCAAAUCCAGACGUUGAAACAAAAUUACUCAGCUUCGUCACACAUCCAGGAUUUCAAGUACUUAUACGUAUUUUGGCAGGUGGAAAGGUCAUUGAAGAAAUUUUCAAAAUUAUCAUGGACUGUGCUCAGAAAAAGCCAAAGGAAGUCGAAAGUGUUAGGUAUUACAAGCAGUGUCUACUUCGUUCCUUGCGUAUUCUACAUCGCGUCCUUGAACUACAGGAUACUUUCAACAAGCUUUUGAUACCUUUUAUUAAUCAGUUUACGAAACAGAAGCCUAAUUCUACGCUUUCUUUGGGAGAGUAUACAUUUGCUACUUUACCGUCUCUUGUUCCACUUGGACAACUGAUGUUAUAUCAUAGUUCCAUUUUAACGCAGUUGGCCUUGUUAACCAACUACGAAGAUCAAGAUGAAGUUUGUUUCUUGAGUGUCGAAAUACUACACAAGCUUUCAAUCGAUUCUGAUGUUGCACCAAUUCUCAAUAAUGCUGUUACUUCCUCACCUUUGUCCGGACUGGGCUCUCAGGUUACUGCUUUACUGAGCCAUAGUAGUUCAGCUGAAGCCAUCGUCUUUGCAGCUAGUGAAAGGUUGGGCAUUAAUAUGCCUGAAAUUACCACUUAUGACGAUUAUGAAUUUGACAUCAACAACAUUCCAUUCUGGGCAGCGAUAGAAACUCUAAGCAAUACAUACAACUAUCCAUUGGAUUUCAACCCACGAAUUAGUACAUCCGUGCGCCUUGCCCUCUUAAAUUUGUUUUUGGACAAUAUUCAAGACGGCGAAUCAUCAAAUUUGACAGAGUUUUUCCUGGGCUAUCAACUAUCCUCUAAAAAUCCACUCAACAGAUUGCAGGAAACCAAGGAUAAUAAGGCAACUUUACUGUGUCUUCACUCAAUUUUAAAUAUACUCCAACAAGGUGUAGAACGGUUUUCUGAAGAAAAUAUGAUCGUCGAGGAUACCGCGAAUGAUGUUCACCAAUUAAUUAUUGAUACACAUCCUAUAUUGGCAGAGAAAUGUUAUGAACUUAUUUAUAGAUUAUGCUCUAAAGAAUCUCUGUCAUUAUCAACACUACGAUAUUUGCGCAACCAGUAUGACUUCUUCAAUAAACAGUUCGAUGCCAUGUCAGCACGUCUUGAAGACAAUAUAGCAGAAGAAUCACCUUAUUUUGAAGGAUACAUGAUCUGUGCUGACGGUAAAAGUUACAAGACCAACUUCUUCAAACUAAAAUCUAAACUGCAUCAGAGAGCAUGGUUACUGAAAUCAAUUGCCUUGGAGUUACACACAACCAUUCCAACAAAGCAGAAGAGUGAAGCAAUGAAAUUAUUAGAUUUAAUAAUUGAUCAACAGCAAAGCAAAACAGACCAAAACUUAAAUGAUAUGGAUUCAACAUUUAGCAAUCAGGGGGUCAAACAAUAUCAGCAGCCACUCAUCAAAAUGUUGGAGUUUAUCAGUUCACUCGAGUUUUCUUGGAGAGACAGCUUACUUUCGCAGGUCAAGACCGAAGAGCUGGACAUUUUCAGAAAAUUUGAUCCAAGUUUGUUUGAAAUCACUAAUGAGCGUGGUUGCCGCAUUUUUGAUAUACGUCAAAUCUAUAAAGCAUUGAGAGAAGCACAGACCCAGCAACUUGGAGAUACCCAAAGCGCAGACUUCUUACGGUCAGGAGUGGAAAUGGAGUCCAUUUUAUCAUGGGCCAUAGUUCAGAACCAUACUAGAGAGAUUGCUUACGGCAAACUCCAUUGUCUUGAAGCAUGGAAAGAAGUUGUACAGGUUAUAUUAUCCGAGUGCCUUCACUUGAUACCUCCUGAAAGACAGAGUUUUAUAAUUUACGAAUUGCUGACUAUGUUGCUAUCCAAAUUAGCUCAUAGACGGACGGGAGGAGAUUAUGAUAAUGUUAUGCUCAAAAGUAUGAGUGAUGUGGUUCUGUCAUUGGUUCACCAAUUGAGCAAGUCAGUUCAACCACAACAGCAUGCCACUUCUAAACAGCCCGUCGAAAAGCUACGAACGAUCUUUAACGGGAUUGUAGAAUAUACACGACAAGACAAAAAAAAUACAACUAUAGAUGUUAGAGGCGAUAUGUAUUCUGCGAUGACAAGCUUUUUACUAUAUAUCAGAAAGCACAAACGUGAUGACGCUACUAAGGAGCUAGAACAGCAUAUUCUACAACAAAUCACAUCAGACAAUUCAAAAAUAUUAAAUACCCUAUUUAGUGAUGCGAUUAGUGGAUUGGAUAUAUGGAAAACUACUGCGUUUAUUGCUUUGGAUGCUUUAAAUACCAUGGCAUUACAGGCUGGCAGUAACGCAGUCCAAUCGUUUUUGGUCGAGAACAACUUUUUGCAAUACGUAAUAGAAACUAUUCGAAGUGAUGAUGCUGCUUUGUCCAAAUUGUUGGAACAAGUGGAUGCACCUUUACUCCCAUUGUACACAUUCGAAGCUAAAAUGUCCAUUCUACUACGAUUUGCUAUGAAUCCUGAAGGAUUUGAACUCUUGUACAGUAAUAGAAUUUUUGACGUUUUACGACAAUGUCAAUUCAUGAGAGCACAACAAGAUCCUCCGACUGCCAAUCAAAUGGAUACUGGAGCUUCUGCUGAAUUAGCAGAUCGAUACCAGCGAUUGAUGAUGCCCACACGUCGAUUUGUCGAGCUAUUACAGCUUCGCGCUAAAAGUCAUCGACCAAUUUUCAAGAACUUCUAACUAUUAUCCUCUGAUCCAAUAUAAUACAUAAAAAUGUGUAUUCAUAUUAAUAAAAAUUCAGCGCAAACAAUAAAUUAUUUUCAUCAAGUAACCUAUUUAUGUUUCUUCAUAUAUUGUAUGUUCAUUCCAACCAUCCAAUUUUACUUUAUUUUUUCCCCUCUUUAUUGUAUGUAUUGGUUUUAUAUCUGGG